AUGGAGGAAUCUGCGGUGCUACCGAAUAUACACAAUCGGAAAGAAUUCGAUGAUCUACUAAAGAAUGCAGGACCCAAGCUGGUGGUUGUCGACUUUUCAGCAAAAUGGUGCGGGCCUUGCAAAAUGAUCCGUCCUUUGGUUCACGAGUUGGCUGUUCGGUAUGAAAAUGUGGUAUUCUGCAUUGUUGAUGUGGACUUGGCAGAGGAUGUGGCUGACUUUUGCAAUAUCAUCGCUAUGCCAACAUUCCAGUUCUACAUGAAAGGAGAAAAGAUUUUUGAAAUCACUGGAGCUCGCCCCAAAAAACUGGAAGAGAAGAUUAAAGAGCUGAUGUGA